AUGAGCUCGAUUGAGGGAAUAUACUCGCUCAGUUCACCCGAACUGUGUCUACAACCCUACAAGGGAAAUUGCCUGAAUGGAGAUAGGGUUCAAUUGGCCACCUUUCUUUUGAAGGGGAACGCCUAUCAUUGGUGGAAGACUGUCAGGAGAGGUUAUGCUAGUCCUGCUGUCAUUACUUGGGAGGAAUUCCAGCGCAUCUUCUAUGAGCAAUUUUACCCGCAUUCUUACCGAAAUGCAAAGAAGUUCGAGUUCCUGCAUCUGAAGCAGGGACCAAUCUCAGUGCUCGAGUAUGAGCACAAAUUUAACGAACUGUCCAGAUUUGCACUUGAACUGAUAUAUACUGAGGAAGAAAAGUGUAGACGUUUUGAAGAGGGUCUUUGGUUGGAUAUUCAGGUAGUGGUCACUGCCAACACUUAUCCCACUAUGAGGGCACUGGCCCAAGCAGCUGAUAGGUAG